AUCUGUCAUUUUCUUUAUUAACUGAUCAGUUGCUUUAUUUACAUUAUUAUUUAUUUCUAGGUUGACAGACUCCAUGUCAUUUCAACAGAGUUCAACAGAAUCUCAUCCCUCCUGAUGCAGCUGCUGUGGUUACUGCGCAUGUGCACUGAGGCUGUCACGACUCGGGCACUGCUGCGGCUGCUGCGGGUGGAAACAUGGCGAUGAAGGCGCUCAGAGGGAUGGUGAACGGAGCCAUGAGCGAGCUCUCCUCGGCCGUCAGCGGGAACAGACCGACGGCCGCCGCUCCGGCCGCCGCCGCAGCCUCCCGGGAGCAUGUGAUGGCCGUGAGCCGGGAUUACAUCUCCCAACCCCGCCUGACCUAUAAAACAGUGUCUGGAGUCAACGGCCCGCUGGUGAUCCUGGAUCAGGUGAAGUUCCCCAGGUACGCAGAGAUCGUCCAUCUCACCCUGCCUGAUGGCACCAAGAGGAGUGGCCAGGUGCUGGAGGUCACCGGCUCCAAAGCUGUGGUGCAGGUGUUUGAGGGGACUGCAGGUAUCGAUGCCAAGAAGACCAGCUGUGAGUUUACAGGGGACAUCUUACGGACACCUGUCUCUGAGGACAUGCUGGGUCGUGUGUUUAAUGGUUCUGGUAAACCUAUCGACAGAGGACCAGCAGUCCUGGCUGAAGACUUCCUGGACAUCAUGGGUCAGCCUAUAAACCCUCAGUGUCGUAUCUACCCUGAGGAGAUGAUCCAGACCGGCAUAUCAGCCAUCGACGGCAUGAACAGCAUCGCCAGGGGGCAGAAGAUCCCCAUCUUCUCUGCUGCAGGGCUGCCACACAAUGAGAUCGCAGCUCAGAUCUGUCGGCAGGCCGGUUUGGUGAAGAAGUCUAAGGACGUGAUGGACUACAGCGAGGACAACUUCGCCAUAGUAUUUGCAGCCAUGGGGGUAAACAUGGAGACAGCCAGGUUCUUUAAGUCGGACUUUGAGGAGAACGGUUCCAUGGACAAUGUGUGUUUGUUCCUCAACCUGGCCAACGACCCCACCAUCGAGCGAAUCAUCACGCCUCGUUUAGCUCUGACAUCAGCAGAGUAUCUGGCCUAUCAGUGUGAGAAGCACGUCCUCGUCAUCCUCACCGAUAUGAGCUCCUAUGCGGAGGCCCUCCGAGAGGUCUCUGCAGCCAGAGAGGAGGUGCCGGGCCGACGAGGCUUCCCCGGCUACAUGUACACAGAUUUGGCCACCAUCUACGAGAGAGCCGGCAGAGUAGAAGGACGGAGCGGCUCCAUCACCCAGAUCCCCAUCCUCACCAUGCCCAAUGACGACAUCACUCAUCCCAUUCCUGACCUGACCGGUUACAUCACUGAGGGACAGAUCUACGUGGACAGACAACUCCACAACAGACAGAUUUAUCCUCCCAUCAACGUGUUGCCGUCUCUCUCUCGUCUGAUGAAAUCUGCCAUCGGGGAGGGAAUGACCCGCAGAGACCACUCUGAUGUUUCCAACCAGCUCUAUGCAUGUUAUGCCAUAGGGAAGGACGUGCAGGCCAUGAAGGCGGUGGUGGGAGAGGAGGCUCUGACGGCUGAUGAUCUGCUCUAUCUGGAGUUCCUGACCAAGUUUGAGAAAAACUUCAUCUCCCAAGGUGCCUAUGAAAACAGGAGUGUGUUUGAGACUCUGGACAUCGGCUGGCAGCUCAUGAGGAUCUUCCCCAAAGAGAUGCUGAAGAGGAUCCCUCAGAGCACCUUAGCUGAGUUUUACCCCCGAGAAGCCAAACAUUAACCCGACACGCCGCCAGUCCCGCUGCUUCCAUCUGUUUCAGUGAAAGCUCACUGCGUACAUACAGUGUAGUGUUGUGCCGUCACAUAUGACGUGAUGCUGUGACCGUCCUGACACUUGUGACUUUCAUGUGGCCUUGACAACAAAUCAUUCCUGCUUCAACAACCAGAGCCAGAGGAACAGGUUGUAAUGUGUUUACAGUGAGAAUGUUGAGUGUAGAGGAAGGGAUUCAUGUGUUCAUGUGUUCAUUGUCUGUGUGGGUGAUGAUAAGGAUGAAAAUUUACAGAAAAACAAAUCACGUAUCUUCAAAAAUCUCUGUCAAAGUGAUCACGUGUGAACAGUUUCAAAGGGAGUGCGACUCGUUCCUGUAUGAGCACUGUCAGGCUGUUUAUGUUCAACACUCCAAAAACCGGUUUAACAAACGUUUCAAUAUUAAUUUGGAACUUCAAGAAGAAAACUCUGAGUUGCUUUAGCAGCUUUCAGUCUGUGGUCGGGUCAGCUGCUCUAAUAUAUUUUCAGAGUCUUGAUUUUAUAAUAAGUGAUUUUAAAUAAGCACAGUAUUACCCUUCAGAUAAACACCUUGCUUUAUUCUGUGGUCAGACAAAUUAAAGCCUGACGUGAAGCUGUUGAGUCAGCGUUUAUCUGUCUAAACACACUGCAGCUAAUUCUCUGCGUGGAGAAGUGUCUCACCUGAGUGAAUGUAAAGGUGUGAUGACAGCCGUGCGUACUCAUUAGACUUCUGCAGGAAUUUCAUUUUCCUCUGGCAGUUGGCGCCCUUUUUUUCUCUGCUUGUACUCGCUGUAUGACGGUGACACUUUGACAGACUGUCAUGUUACUGCCAUGAGGUGCGACGAGGCCUCGUUUAGAAAAAUAUUUUCACAUUUAACAUGAGCCUUGAUGCAGACGUUUAAUGAAAGCCAUGUGUGUACUGAGAGAGCCUGGAGAUUACAUUAUAUCAGAGCAGGUUCUGAGCAUUUAAAUGACAAUGAUACGUCGUGAGGUUUCAACAUAACGUCUCCUCUUUCCUUCACUGCUUGAUGUUGCUGUGGUUUCUUUGGAUGAUUAUUGUCAACUCUUUUAUUCUGGUGCCAGAAGCUUGAAGUGAUCUCUGCUGUCUGAACACAUCUGCAUUGAAAUAUCUAUGAAUUAUGUAUUUCUGUUUAAACAGUGUGUGCACAUUGACUGGAUAUUCUGCAUUUAUCAGCUUGCAUGCAUUGUUGUUGAAUGUUUCCUGUUGGUGCCUCAAGUAUCAUAUGAAAUAAAAGCUGCUGUCUCAUUA